GAAUUGUAGUUCCUAUUCUACCUGGGGGCUCUUAUGGGCCCCGCCCCCAGUACUACGCUCCCGUCAGACUCUGCGGCGCAGGCGGGACGGGCCGGUUGCUAGGUCUUGGUGAAGCGCAACGCUCACGCGAAUCUCCCUUGGUGGCUGCAGGCUUCAGCCCAGACGCCAGGUCAGCUGAAGCGGAAAUGUCUGGGAAGGAGAACAACUUUCCACCGCUGCCUAGGUUCAUCCCACUGAAGCCCUGCUUCUACCAAGACUUCUCUGAUGAGAUCCCCAUUGAGCACCAGGUGCUGGUGAAGAGGAUCUACCGGCUUUGGAUGUUUUACUGUGCCACCCUUGGGGUCAACCUUAUCGCCUGCCUGGCCUGGUGGAUCGGCAGUGGCCAGGGAGCCAACUUUGGCCUGGCCUUCGUCUGGCUGCUGCUCUUUACCCCCUGCAGCUACGUGUGCUGGUUCCGACCUGCCUACAAGGCCUUCCGAGCUGACAGCUCCUUCAAUUUCAUGGCAUUCUUCUUCAUCUUUGGAGCCCAGUUUGUCCUGACCGUCAUCCAGGCUAUUGGUUUCCCAGGAUGGGGCGCGUGCGGCUGGCUGGCGGCCAUCGGGUUCUUUGGGACCAGUGUCGGCGCUGCCGUGGUCAUGUUGCUCCCUGCAAUCAUGUUCUCGCUGUCGGCCGUCAUGAUGGCCAUUGCGAUCUUGAAGGUGCACAGGAUCUAUCGUGGGGCCGGUGGAAGCUUCCAGAAGGCACAGACAGAGUGGAAUACAGGUGCCUGGAGGAACCCGCCAUCGAGAGAGGCCCAGUUCAACAACUUCUCGGGGAACAGCCUGCCCGAGUACCCUACUGUGCCCAACUACCCAGCCAGUGGCAGCCAGUGGCCUUAGAGGGGGACAAGCCCUGCCCACCUGCCUGUCAUCACUGCCCCUCCACUCCCACCACCCCUGUGAGGCCUGAGCAUCUGUCCUGCCCUCCUCGGGGGCCCAGCCACUGCCAGAGCCCAAGUUCAUCUCAUCCUGGGGACUCAGGGCCCCAAGCGUCUCGUCCUUCAGCCGCCCGGUGUCCCUAUGGCAGACACACCUUCAUCUCCAGGUCACAGAGGGUGGUAGCAGUUGGCUGAGCCAUCCGUCUCCGCAGAACUGAGGAUGCAGGGGUCCUGAUGCCGAGCUUUGUGUCACGCCCUCUACCCACCUGUUUCCUGGGCUGGUGGAGGAGCUGGGCGUCCCCCGUCCCACAUGUAGCGAUGACUCCGUGGAUGAGGCUGCCCGGCGGGUCCACUGCCUCACCAGUGACCUGUGCUGCUCCCCAUCUGGCUGGGCUUCCUCCCUGCCCUUCUCCUCCUGGGACGGCGAUGUUGGAACGCUGUUGUCCUGCCUGUGCCAGACAGUCUUCCUCUCCUGUGACCAAGGUCCCCUCCGCAAGACCUGUGUCUGCAUCCUGAAAACGGCCAAGGCCCGGGGCAGGUGUUUGUCCUGACUCUUGAGAGCAGCUUAUCUCAGCCACACACAAGAGUGAACUGGACCCAGAGGCCCCUGUGCUUAGAAGCCAGAUGGAGAGAGCCUUCUCCCGGAUCUGUGGGUGCAGAGCCAUGAAGAUGUCCUUGCCCCCUGGCAGGGGACAGCCCUGUGCCUUAGAGAGGAAUCUCGCAGCCAGCACUACUUAUUCUCCCCGCCUCUCUAGCUGCGUCCCUUUCAGAAGAGCCAGGCGCAUCCUGUGGAGCAUCUGUAGCACCUUUAAUGACAUUUGGGCGGGAAUCAGCUUUUCUCCAUGACCUUUCUGUGCUGCUGGCCAGGCCUCCACAGGCCCUCCGCACCCAGCUGCCCAUUCCUGGAGGUCACACCAGCCACCAUGGGAAACAAAGGGAGGUAUAGGCCUGGGAUCACUGGACCUUGGGUCCCUGCCAACACCUCAAGGGGGCGUCGCAGCCUGACUGUAGGGCGCUGGGGCAGUGGAGCCCCUGGGCCACUGGCAGCCCCCACCCCACCCCCGCAUGUGCAUGGUCACAAUGCGGUGGGUUUUUGUUAGCUGAAAAUAUUCUGGAAAUAAAUCUUUCUGCAUCGGAGCCAGCAGGGGGCUGGGCCUGUGGUGCGUGUUGUCCCCCCAGGCCAUCCAUUCGUCAGAGGGUCCAAGCACACAUGGCCAGUGUCUGGUCACUAGGGUGGCACUGAGGUAACCUCCAUGCCAACCCCCACAGUAAGCCUUGCUGUGGAGCCCACAGAUGCUGCCUCAACCAACACAGCCCCAGAUUCAUCCUCCAGGGGGCACUUGUGGAUUCCAUCAGAUGGGGAGCCCCACUCCGCUACCCCAUGGCUCCCUGGUUCUCCAGCACAGAAUCCUGGUGUCAUCCC